AAAUUAGUUUUUAGUGAAUGGAAUUCUUAGGCUAUGGUGUGGCGAAUCCAAGCAAUGGAAUGGGCCACCAUCUAUCGUGCUAAUUCUCAGAAUCUCAACGGACAAAAAACGAGUAGAAACUGUGCGAGUUAGCAUUGCCCACAAAAAAAAAUAGAGGAAAUUGGUAUUCCUUUUCCGCUCACGAAUUCGAAGUUGGACCCUCUCUCCCUCUAAUCCUUAACAUUUCUGUGUCGCCAAUGAAACAGGUGAAGAAGUAAUUAAUGAUUACGAUCCCAAAAAUCAAGCGUAAGUAGUAGAGCUUUGCCAGUUGGGUUGAAUCGGAGAUGUCGCUGAGAAUUAAGGCGGUAGUAGACAAGUUCGUUCAGGAGCUAAAGGAAGCGUUAGAUGCUGAUAUUCAAGAUAGAAUCAUGAAGGAGAGAGAAAUGCAGAGUUAUAUAGAAGAACGGGAACGCGAAGUUGCCGAACGAGAAGCUGCUUGGAAGGCUGAGCUCUCUCGUCGCGAGGCAGAGAUUGCUCGCCAAGAAGCAAGGCUGAAGAUGGAAAAAGAAAAUCUUGAGAAAGAGAAAAGUGUUCUAAUGGGAACUGCAUCAAAUCAGGAUAAUCAAGAUGGAGCCCUUGAAAUCACUGUAAGCGGCGAAAAAUAUCGAUGCCUAAGGUUUGCAAAGGCGAAGAAAUAGGCUAUGGGAGACAAGACCAAAACCACAUUCUACUCUGCUUGGCUAGGACCAACAGGAGGAGACAAGUGGGGCGAGGCUUCAUGACUGUAAUAUAUAUUCUUUCCUUAGACACUGCCCUGAUAGUGCAUUUGAAAUGUGCACAUCACUAGUCCAUAAAGUAGUCCAUCUGAUUUAAAUCAAUGAAGAAGGGGUUAAUGAUC